UUCACUUUUUAUAUUUUCUAAAACAUGUCACACCAGACGUGGCAGAUUCCCAUUUGAUAACCUGACCAAACUUGAUAGGUAAGAGGCCAGACACAAAACCAACCCAACCGUGUGCUUCCGGUCCUCUUCCUCCCCUAACUGAAACUGAUCUCCAUAUUUCUCUCUGCAUAAUUUCCAUCUGAAAUUCCGCAUCAGGUAACUCUUAACAUCCAAUUUAUUUUAUGCUUGGUUCAGAUUCUAGUUUGAUCUGUUCAUUUCUGACCUGUCAGUUUAACAUACAGUGUGUGUGAAUUUUGCUUGGGAGAUUUAGGUCUUUGAAUUCGAGUUAAUAUUUGUAAAGUGUUGAUCGAUUUUUUGAAAUCGAAGUGGGUAUUACCCAAUAAACGGAAAUAAGUAUUAUGGAUGGUAACAAAGAUGAAGCUUUAAGAUGUAUUAGGAUUGCUGAAGAAGCAAUUGCAUCCAGAAAUAAAGAGAGAGCAUUGAAAUUUAUUAGAAUUGCUCAACGUUUGAAUCAUGAUUUGUCUGUUAAUGAUCUUUUAACUGCUUGUGAGAAGCUUGGUUCUUCUGGGUCAAAUUCAAAUCCACCUUCUCUUGAUGAAAAAUGUGUUCUUAAUGGUGAUGCUAAAAAUAAGCCUAGUCAUGGUAAAAUUGAUGAGGGUUUAAAUGGAGAGAAGAACUAUACUGAAGAACAUGUGGAAUUGAUUAGGCAAGUUAAGAUAAACAAGGAUUAUUAUUCCAUUCUCGGAGUGGAAAAGACUUCUUCUGUUGAGGACAUUAGGAGAGCUUAUAGAAAAUUGUCAUUGAAAGUUCACCCUGACAAGAACAAGGCACCGGGAUCUGAGGAAGCAUUCAAGAAAGUGUGCAAGGCAUUUAAGUGUUUGAGUGAUGAUAACUCGAGGAGGCAGUAUGAUCAGACUGGUUUAGUUGAUGAAUUUGAAUAUAACCAGCAGUAUAAUGUUAGGCGGACAAGGAGAAGAAGAAAUGUGCAUGACUUCUAUGAUGACGAUUUUGAUCCAAAUGAAAUAUUCAGGUCCUUUUUCGGUCAGACUGACAUGUUUAGGGCACAUCAUGUUUAUAGAAGUGGAGCAACUGCUGGUCAGCAGCGAGGAGAGUUUCAUGGAGGAGGGCCUAGUCUACUUCUUCUCCUACAGAUUUUACCUUUUUUGUUAAUUUUCUUGCUUGCUUAUCUGCCAUUUUCAGAGCCUGAUUACUCAUUGCAUAAGAAUUAUUCUUAUCAAAUUCCCAAGACAACCGAGAAACACGGUCUAGAGUUUUUUGUCAAAUCAGCUUCUUUUGAUGACAAUUAUCCUAUUGGAAGUACUGCACGAGCCAACAUUGAGGACAAUGUGAUCAAGGAUUAUAGAAAUGUGCUUUGGCGUCAUUGUCAUAUAGAACUCCAGAGACGUCAUUGGAGCAAGAAUAUGCCUACUCCUCACUGUGAUAAACUACAUAAUCUUGGGUUAGCAUGAAGUUCAGGGAGUGUAUUCGAGAUGGCGAAGUUUUUUCUUUACUUUGAAGCUUGUUGACCAGUCUGACCAGGAGAUGGUAUACUGUCCACAAGCCAAAUGGCCUGGUUAAAGUUCCACACAUUUGACUCAUCAUUUAGCUUCUUCGUCAAGAGGACGUUUGCCGUGAGCCAUCUGCAAUGUAAGUCCAAGGUUAUGGCAACAGGGGCCAACAUCUUCAGCCCAGUGCAUUUCUGAGUUCUGAUAUCAAUAAAUAAGUACGAAUUCUGUAUGGCUUGCUUCAUAUAUGCCCUGAAAGGGUGGGGAUUCAGUGAAUGAAAAAGAAAAAUUAAAAAAUUAGAGAAAGAAAAAAAACAGAAGAAAAAGAAAAAAGGAAACAAUGUGUGGUAUGAAGUAUGAAGUUUUGUUGGUCUGAAUGAAAGAGUUACUCCAUGUGUUGGAACUUUGUAUUAAUUGACCCUGAAAGCGAUCACUGUGUUCAGGUUUUGUAGUUGAUUGGGCAGAGCUCAUAGUUGCAAGAAUCUGUUACUUGGGUGUUGUGCUUGUUCAUGUGGAUACUUUGCGUCAUUGAACUUGGUACUCGUGAGCAGUGCUUGUUCAGAAUUGAUUGUUUAGGUUUAAGAGACUGAUUUUAAAGUGAAAGGUCAAGUAAUCAGGUUGACGAUUGGAAAUUAUGUGGUUGAUGAUGUCAGUUUUGUUCCCAUUUGGUUGAUGUCAGUCUGUUGCAGUUUUGCCUCUGCCUGUCAGCAAUAACAAACGGUUGUGUUAUGCACUAACUGCUACUGAAAGGGCCAAUGUCAGCUUCUGUUCUCAUUCAGUUUUUCGCUUCCAAAUGGGCCAAUAAACUGAGUUUAUGUGUA